AGUACUGAACAGGGGAGGGGCAAAAAAAAAAAUAAAUAAAAGUACUGAAUAGGUGAAGUUAAUAUUAGCCAUAACCUAACCCAUUACAUUUAAACGUGUCAUCAAUAUCAACAGUGGAGCUACCUAAUCCUUUUUUUCCCCUCCCUAUUAUGCCUUUGCCUUCUGAAGUGUCCUUGACACAGCUUGUCAAGACCGCGACACUUUAAACGUUCCACAGCCAUGUGUGUCCAGGCAGGGCUACUGUUUUGGUAGGAUUGUGAGGGUGCAUGAGGAAUUAGAAGUCUCUGGGUGUUACUCAAAGGGACCUUAGGGGAAGACCAGCUCGCUGAAGGUCAUCAGCUCCCCAGGACGCCCACCUUGGACCGCUCCUUCAGGACCUGGCCAGCACUGGGGCCUAGAGCGCCCGGAGCCCUCCGGCAGGGGCGGGGUUUCAGGGCCGGGUCCCGCCUCCCGCCCGUUGGGCCGCCUCCUCCGCCACCGCCGCGCCGCCACCGGAGCCGGGCCGCGAGCCGGGCCGGGUCGCCAUCAUGCUGAGCCGGCUCGGGGCACUGCUGCAGGAGGCCGUGGGGGCGCGGGAGCCCAGCAUUGACCUGCUGCAGGCCUUCGUAGAGCAUUGGAAAGGCAUCACACACUACUAUAUCGAGAGCACAGAUGAAAACACCCCAGCCAAGAAAACAGAUAUCCCCUGGCGACUGAAGCAGAUGUUGGACAUCCUGGUGUAUGAGGAGAAGCAGCAGGCAUCCUCUGGUGAGGCUGGACCCUGUCUGGAAUACUUGCUACAACACAAGAUCCUGGAGACCCUGUGCACUCUGGGCAAAGCGGAGUAUCCCCCAGGCAUGCGGCAGCAGGUAUUCCAGUUCUUCAGCAAGGUCCUGGCCCAGGUGCAGCACCCCCUGCUACACUACCUGAGUGUCCACAGACCCGUGCAGAAACUUCUCCGACUUGGAGGAACAGCCCCUGGAUCCCUCACCGAAAAGGAAGAAGUUCAGUUCACCAGUGUCCUUUGCUCUAAGAUACAGCAGGAUCCAGAGCUGCUGGCCUACAUUCUGGAAGGUAAAAAGAUGAUAGGUAAGAAGAAGACAGCCAGAGGGUCUGCAGCUCCACCUAAAGACAUAGCCGGCUACAGGGACAAGGACUGUCCCCACAGCGAUGCUCCCAGUGGGGAUCCUGGACUAGAUAAGGAAUACCAUGGUGUCCCAGCCUUGAGCGUCCACCUGCCUGCUGUGACUGAGGGGCCAGAAAGUGGGCCCGGGGAGAGCAAUCUCAUCACCUCCCUGCUUGGGCUGUGCAAGAGCAAGAAGAGUCGACUGGCCCUGAAGGCACAGGAGAACAUAUUGCUGCUGGUAAGCCUGGCCUCACCAGCAGCUGCCACCUACCUGACACAAAGUACCUCCUGUUGUACGGCGAUAGCUGAGCACCUUUGCCAACUGUACCGGUCCAUGCCAGCCUGCCUUGACCCAGCAGACAUUGCCACUUUAGAGGGCAUCAGUUGGAGGUUACCAAGUGCCCCAUCUGAUGAAACCGCUUUCCCUGGCAAGGAGGCUCUGGCUGCCUUCCUGGGCUGGUUUGAUUACUGCGACCACCUUAUCACAGAGGCACACACGGUGGUUGCAGAUGCCUUGGCAAGGGCCGUGGCUGAGAAGCUGUUUGUAGAGACCCUGCAGCCCCAGCUCCUGCACGUGUCUGAGCAGAGCAUCUUAACCUCCACUGCCCUGUUGACAGUCCUGCUCCGUCAGCUGCGCUCCCCUGCUCUGCUGCAGGAGGCCAUGACCUUCCUCUUAGGCACUGACCAGCAGCCUGCAUCCAAGGAGGACAGUUCCCAUACUCUGGGCACACACCUCAUCAUGCACUGUGACCAUCUCUCUGACGAGAUCAGCAUUGCCACUCUGAGGCUGUUUGAGGAGCUGCUGCAGAAACCCCAUGAGCGAGCCAUCCGCAGUUUGGUUCUGCAGAACCUUGAGGGCCGCCUGUAUGUGGCCCGGGGCUCGCCAGAGCCAGAGAGCUAUGAGGAUAACCUGGAUCUGGAGGAAGACCCCUACUUCACCGAUGGCUUCCUUGAUUCUGGCCUUCAACCCUCCACAAAGCCUCCCCCAGCUCCUGCCACCAGUUCAGAUGGCAAAACAGCAGUGACGGAGAUUGUUAACAGCUUCCUUUGCCUGGUCCCUGAGGAAGCCAAGACAUCAGCCUUCCUGGAGGAGAAUGGAUAUGACACAUAUGUCCACGAUGCCUACGGCCUGUUCCAGGAAUGCAGCUCCCGUGUGGCCCACUGGGGUUGGCCCCUGGGUCCAGCACCCUUGGACUCUCAUGAGCCUGAAAGGCCCUUCUUUGAGGGCCGCUUCCUCCAAGUGCUCUUCGAUCGAAUUGCCCGGAUUUUGGACCAGGUGAUCGGUGACUUAAUGCAAAGAAUUCAGAGGGUACCCCAGUUUUCAGGCAAACUGCUCCUGGUGCGCAAGCAACUGAUGGGCCAGAUUCCCGGAGAGCAUCUGGACCAUCAGACCCUACUCCAGGGCGUGGUAGUUCUUGAGGAAUUCUGCAAGGAGCUGGCUGCCAUUGCGUUUGUCAAGUUUCCCCCACAUGGUCCUUACCUGAACUUCUCUCCACCUCCAGAAGGGCAAGUCUGAGCCAGGAGCAUGAUGGGUGGGGGAAGACUCCUGCCUGUACUUCUGCCCACGGGCAGUCUCCUGCCUGGCCAUGCUGUCACUCAGUCCUCCAUGUGGGGACUUCGGCCACAGACCUCACCUGUUGACAUGAGCUGAAGUUUCAGGGAGGUUCUGGCUUCUAAGGCACUGGUGUUCUUAGAGCCUUCUGAGAGUAGCUGGAGGACGGCCAGUGAGCGCCUAGAUGUUGCCCUGCAUGUGUUUCGUGACUAUCUCUGCUAUACUGUGACCAGGGCCACAACACAAGAUAGCUCCAGGGGCAAGGGAAAUGAACUGCUGCUUUUGAGGCUGGCUAAAACUCCAGUCCGGAGAGAUAGGUGGCCAAGAACCCUGUCUGUUACGUUAGGUAUCAUGGAAGCUGCUGAGACUGGGCAGGUUUCUCCAUGGCUUCAUCAACAGUAGUGAAGGAGACAGAGAAGGGAACUGAGGGGGAGCCCCCUCUUCCUGCUCUACCCUCCUGGAGACUGUUGCAAAAUUUCCAACUGCCUCAUGGCAGAUGCCCAAAGUAUUCUCUGUGCCCAGGCGGGGGCAGCUGCUAACCAGAGCUUUGGCGCAGCUGCAGCCAGGGCAGGCGAGAGCCUGGGAGCUGGGAGCUGGGUGCCAGGUUCCAGCUCCAGCUGGUUCCUCUCUGGCGCCUUCUGAACCCGUCUCGGCAAGUCGGAAACACCUGGGCAGAGAGGUCAUUGACCAGGGGUGGUGGGCCUUGCCCUCAGAAUCUUGCCCAACCCCCAGGGAUCCUAGUGGAAUUCGAUCCUGGGGAGCAUAGGAACUCAAGGUACAGAUGGGAACGGGCACCCCAACCCCAGACUCCUGAAGCUAGUAAGGAUAGGCUGAGACACAAGCAGAUAGAUAGCUCUGGUAUUGUUCUUCCUAUGUCCUCCAUGGCUGGGGCUGCUACCCCACCCGGCCUGAAUCUGUCUCGACCUGCAAGAACACUUGGGCGGCGCCAGGCAUUACCUCACAACAGGCCUGCAGUUGUUGGCUUCGCUUCUGGGCAAGGAGGAGCAGGCCAGAGCCCCUUUUGCUUCCUUUUCCUGCCCAUGCUGCCUCUCGAAGCUGGGCACAGGUUGCCAGGAGGUGACAUGAAAGAGGAGGAAACUCCAUGACCUCUACCUCUCCCGCAUUCCUCCCAGCGGGGGAGGACUUCUCUGCUGCUCCAAAGAACAUCACGCACUCCUGUGUGUGUGAGAGCUAUGAAUUUGACUCUGUGUGUGUGUGUGUGUGUGUGUGUGUGUGUGUGUGUGUGUGUGUGUGUGUGUGUGUGAGAGAGAGAGAGAGAGAGAGAGAGAGAGAGAGAGAGAGCGCGAGAGCGCGCGAGCGUGCUGGGUGUGUGUGAGCUGCGAGUGCACAUGGGUGCUGAUGUGGGACAGGAGCAGACCUUGGUGGAGUGGGUCUAGACUCUUGGGAUUCUUACACAUUUGAGGGGCUGGGCAAUACUCAAUGCACUUUGGCAUUUGCAUGGUGUUUUCACAACAGCACAGCAAUAAACAUUGUGAUUGUGUGGA